CAGCAGUGUUGCUGUACAUGUUGCACAUGAAUACCGCGCUUUCAGCGGCGCAGUCCUUGCUGGCACAGCGCUGCGCAUCAUCAAGGACAGCGAACGGCUUCGGCUCCAGCCCUGCGACCCCUUGCAUCAGACCACCGGCAGCCCAACCUUUGCUCCUAGGUUUCGCAUCGUCGCUGUGGCAGUGCUCCUCGCCAUUGUAGGUGAUGGCGGAGGAUUGCGUUUUCCUCACACGGAGCGAGGCACGCGGCACCGGGAGGCGUUGCUCGCUCGUAUUUGAAGCAGCUGCGUUCAAUAGCGCGCGCCUGUCUUUCGGGGCUCUGGACCAAACUCCAUCGCAGGCGCGCAACCCGUCAGCCAGUCCAUCAGUCAAGUCGGGUGAACGUCAUGUCGAGCCAUCAUUCUCACUCUCAGCCAAGCCGCUUUGCAUUACCCAAGUCGCCAGCACUCGCGUCGGACACCAUUGUUCUCAUCUUGGUGAUUGAUAGGCUAGACUCACACCCGCGCCCAUCUGCGAAACAGCUGAU